CUCAGUCAACGCACAAACCUGCAGGGUCUUUACAUGACAAGCACGAUUUUCGGAUUCACCAGUAUAUCUUUUCAGUCUACUCGCUACAAUGUGGAUGGAUCGGAGGCGGAGAGCAUCCCUGGCGCUCACCUUGAACUUCGUCGCGCUGAUACUCGCCAUUUUUGCACUGACUACCAGCUACUGGUGUGACGGCAACCGGAAAGUAGUCAAACCAUUCUGCACCGGGCCGGUGACAGGGAAACAAACACACUGCAUUAGGUACAAUAGCUCGAACAUCAAUGACAGCAGGCUGGUACAGUAUAUAUGGGAGACCGGUGAGGAUAAAUUUGUUCUGAGGAAGUUCCACACCGGCAUUUGGUUUUCCUGUGAGCAGAAUGUGGACCGUAUUGGCGAGAAAUGUCGAAGUUUCAUAAACGUUGCCCCUCCCCAUGAGAGAGGUGUCUUAUGGCUGUGUAUUGUGGCUGAAUGUCUCUACAUCUUACUAUUGGCCACUGGUGGAAUUCUAAUGUCCAUAGAGGUCUGCCACUUUGGAAACGUCAUUGAUGGAUUGAAACUGAAUGCCUUUGCUGCGAUAUUCACAGUCUUGUCAGGUCUUCUUGGUAUGGUAGCACACAUGAUGUUUACAACAGCAUUCCAGCUAACGGUGAGUCUGGGCCCUGAGGACUGGAAACCACAAAACUGGGACUACAGCUGGUCUUAUAUCUUGGCUUGGAGCUCAUUCACUGCCUGCAUGGCCUCCUCUGUAACAACCAUAAACAGAUACACAAAGACUAUCAUGGAGUUCAAACACAAGAGAAAGAACAUCAAGAAGAACCUGAAGAUCAAGCAGAAGUUGCUGGACCUGGAGUCUCCAGAGCAGGUGUGGGACAUGUACAUCAGCUCUGUGCCCAGUUCAGCUGAGGAGUUUCUGGACCUGUCCAGUUCGGGGCGCAGAUUGUCCACCAAUUCUGUCUUCCUGGACCUCAAUGACCUGCCAUCUCCACAAGGAGAGGAAUACUGUUAAGGCCAAUCCAAUAGACUUGAAGAAACAAAGCAUCUCAUUUUUACAGCUUAAUCACUUUCACUUUGUGUGUGUAUGUCUUUCAUGUAGAUUGAAACCGGCCUUAUGCUAGAGUAGUUUGAUAACUCUGCUAUUUAAAAUGUUGUGUUUGAUGUACUCUGUUGUUUAAAGGUGAUGCUGUAUUUUUUUAAUUUGUUAUUAUUGUGCUGAAACUGCUGAUAUAAACUGAUAUAAAUGGAUACAUUAAAUGAUAUUCGGAUCCCCAGAGAGUCUAAUGUAAUAUAUUUAUAUGAAAGUAACUGUUUAAAUGACUCUAGAAACAUACACAUACUGUUAGACUUACAAAAUGGUGUGUUCAAUAAAAAUGUGAAAGGUGAAAAUUGAAACAUUACUGUGAACCUGAGGGUAUCUUAAAUGUAUCGUUUUCUAUCUGUUUUAUUGAGAGCAAAAUAUACAUUGAUGAGUGCCUUUGUUUGUGUUAUUGAUCUUGGUUGUUCUUUAACCAACAUUUUUUCAGUAGACAUAUAUACAGUAAUCAAAUAUUAAACAUCAACUAGAGUAUAUGGGAUAUAUUGAUGAUCCUAUUUUGGGGACAGUUUAUUGUGUUGCCUUAUUUUGCUUGCUUAUGUUCAUUAAGCAUAAUAAUAUUAAAAUGUACAGCUCUGUGUCACUAUGUAUUUGGUAAGGUUCAAGUUUAAAUGAAAAUAAAUUUUUAAUUUUUAAAUAAGCUAGCAGCAUGCAAACAUUUUUUAAAGUCUCAUGAACCCUAAGAAGGAUGGUACUGUGUCAUGUAUAUGAUGGAAAACUAAAUUAGUUCUUCAUAAUUUCAUGUUAUGGAUAUUUGACCCCAUUUAGAGAAAAUACAUAAAAAUACAUGUAUAUCAAUAUGUUGAUUAACUUAUUAACUGCCUAUAAGUCUUUGUACUGUCAAUAUGAAGUGUUAAUGUGCAAUAAAACUGGGAGUAUUA